AUGUAGGGCAUAUGUAGAUAUUUAUUGAUGUAAUGGCGGGAGAUUAUUUCCGACCAGUGGCAUACAUUGCCAACAAAAACGGUGCCUACGUCUAUUGCACUGUUUUCUCCAAUCUUUUCAUCUGUCUUCGAUAACACAAAUAUUAUAUAUUUUGCCAAACAAACUUGUUUUGAGCAAACCCAAGACAGUUCAUAAACUGGACAUUGCUGUUGAUAUAACAGCAAACUGAAUUGGUUUGUCAGUUAUACAUUUUCUUGUUCAUAUGCACCCUUGGGCUCCAUUUUGUUGUGUUUCCGCUAAUGCACAAAGAAUGGCGAAAAAUGAUGACAUCAAGAAAAUGGCGACCGUUAAUAAAAAUGAAAACGAAAAACAGAGCUUGAUCUCUGGACACAACAAGGCAGUUAUAUUUCAACCAGACUCAAAUGAUCAAAAUGUAUCAAAUUCAAACAAGUUGGGUCUCCUAAAUGGAGAACAACAUAAUCAUGAUCAAAACUUGGAUAAUAAGGAAAACACUAAUGGAAUGGUAUCGAAUGGAAGUUAUGAAUCAUCAGAAGAACAUAAUCCUGAAAAUUCAAACAAAAUUACGGAUAAAAAUGGCUCAUCUGAACCAUCUGAGACCGCCAAUCAUCAACCUGAAAAAUAUAACGAUUCUGGAACUAUCGAUUCUACUGCACAAGAACCUGAUUCCACCAUAGUUACUGAUAAGAAAGAUAUUUUGAGUGAAGGCAAACAAGACACUGUUACUGAGACUAUUAUGUCAGAGAAAAACGGUAUUCCAGAAAAUGGUUUGGAACCAGAAUCUAUUAAAAAUCCAUCGGAAGGUGAAAAGCCAGAUUCUGAUAAAACUGAUAAAAAAGAAAUUCUACCUGAAGGUGCAUCAAAUACAUCGAAUGAUACUGCAAAUCAAACACAAAACGUUUCUGAAAACCCCACUGAAAUUGACCUAAAAUUAUCAGGUAAACAAGAAAAUGCAGAUGGGACAGUUGCAAAUCUUGAGGAUGAAGCAGCGGCAGUUGCACAAUCCCCAGACAUGCGAUUUCUCAAAUUUGAUAUUGAAAUGGGAAGAGGUAGUUUCAAAACUGUGUUUAAAGGACUGGAUACGGAUACUGGUGUCGCUGUUGCUUGGUGCGAAUUGCAGCACAACAAAUUAUCCCGGGCAGAGCGAGUUCGAUUUCGUGAAGAGGCAGACAUGCUGAAAGGGCUUCAACAUCCUAACAUUGUGCGAUUUUAUGAUUCUUGGGAAUACCAAUCACCCCGUGGAAAGAAAUGCAUUAUUCUGGUCACCGAACUCAUGACGUCUGGUACAUUAAAAACAUAUUUACGUCGUUUUAAAGCGGUUAAGCCAAAAGUUUUACGCAACUGGUGCCGGCAAAUUUUAAAAGGUCUUCAUUUUCUGCACACACGUAACCCACCAAUCAUACACCGGGAUUUAAAAUGUGACAAUAUUUUCAUUACUGGCCCCACGGGAUCAGUUAAAAUUGGAGAUUUGGGACUUGCUACUCUCAAGAGCGCGUCGUUCGCGAAAAGCGUCAUAGGUACACCGGAAUUCAUGGCUCCCGAGAUGUACGAAGAACAUUACGACGAAAGCGUAGACGUAUAUGCUUUCGGAAUGUGCAUGUUGGAAAUGACAACAGGCGAAUACCCAUACUCGGAGUGCAAUAACGCCGCCCAAAUUUAUAGGAAAGUAACGCAAGGGGCGCCUCCACGAAAUUUAGAGAAAGUUCAAUCGGAAGAAAUGAAGAAUAUCAUAUCCCGCUGCAUUAGUCGAGACAGGACUCAAAGGUUUACAGUACAAGAAUUAUUGGAAGUACCGUUCUUUGGCGAGGUGACCGGUUUUAAAAUAGAACUGGUAUCCGAGCAGCAGAAUGAGUCCGAUGCUAAAAUCUUAUCCAGUAACGAAGAGCAACAAAAGGACAACCCUGAAGAGAAAAACGUCAUGCUUCGACUUGUCGUCGAUGAUGCUCUAAAGCGAAAUGAAAAACACCGACCGGAAGCAUUGGAAUUUUCAUUUGAUAUGACAAAAGACAUUCCAGUUGACGUUGCGAAGGAAAUGGUUCAAAAUGGAUACCUUCAUGAUGAAGAUGUUCUCAUUGUUGCAAAAUCAAUCACAUCUUUCUUGUCCAAUCAUAACCGCUCAAAGAAACAAGAAGGAGAUAGGGAAAAAGAGGAGAAAACGCUUGUCAGGGACCCAAAUCUUCAGCAACAACCUCAACAGCAACCUCAUUCACAGACGCAACAACAAAUUCUCAACCAACAACAGAUUCAGCAUCAGUCUAUGACCUCACAGGCAACAGGACAAAGCCAGGGACAUAAUAUCCCUCAACAGCAACAACAUGACAAUCAAUCCAUUCCAACACAACAAAGAAUAUCAGGAAUGUCUGAUAGAGAUGGAACUAUGCAGUCAAUUGCCAACUCUGAAGAGCAACUCAGAACUGCAUAUCAACAACAGAUUUCUCUCUCGGAAAUAAAUCCACAGUCAUAUGAAAAUGUACAACCAAUUAUGAUGCUCGCCGAUCCGUCUCGUGCGGGCGAUGAAUUGUCUUGGUCAAUGUGCCAGUUGCGUGCUUCCAGACAAAGUUCCAUGCUGGAGCAUAAUUAUCAGAAUAAUCAACCUCAAGUUCCAAACGAAAUGAUGAAUUCCGCAGAUGGACAACAACAAUCUUAUACUCCAUACAAUACAGUAGAACAUGAACAGUUUCUUCAACAAAAUUAUCAACCAUAUGAAGUUCAUCUUCUUCCCAAUGUCCCACAGGAUUCUGUUCUUAUUUUUGAAAAUUUUCAAGAUAUUAAACAAGAUGCGGAUGGAACUCUCGCUAUAUCAGAUCCCAAACAUCGUAAAGAUGGAAAAUCAGAGAAAAAGCAUCGAAGAACGAAACCAAGAAAACAACACGAUAAGCUGAGAAUCUACGUCAUAAAAGUCAGUGCACCUGAUCGUAAAGAAGAAGAAUCAGAAAAGCAAACGAAACCAGCUAGUGAUGAUUCUGUUAAAUUGGAACCUAUCACAGCCGUAGCAGUGAUAACAGAAAGUGGGGAAGCUGAUAAGAAAAUGGAAAGCCCUGAUAAAGUUAGCAUAUCAUGCCAACUUUAUCUUCAUAAUCAGGUCAAUUCAUUCAAAUUCAUUAUGGAUAGUGAAACACCAACUGAAGUUUGGAAAAGAAUGGUUGCUGAAUUUGGUCUCUCGGAAACAAAUGAAGAUGUUUUUGUAGAACAACUCCAUUCUAUCAUACAAAAGGUUCGUAAAGGAGAAUAUGAUGGAAGACCUCGGCUCACAAUUCUACAUUUACAAAAGAAUCAAGAUGAUGAAGUGGAGGUCGAAUGUCAACUAACGACCUUCAAUCUAAAAACAGUGACCUUUAAGUUCAAUAUUGAUGAAGAUACACCAGAGGAAAUCGCUGAAAAAAUGAUUCAGGCUGAUUAUUUAGAAGAAGUUAAUAAAGAUGCUUUUAAAGUAGAAGUUCAAGAUGUGUGUGCUCGUGCCAAAAUACAAUACAGUAAAUAUGGAAACGAAGGUGGAAGAAAAGAAUUAACUUAUACUUCUUCCAAUACGUCAUCACCACUCCCUCCUGUUACAGCAGAACAAUUGUCGUCGAUGGUGACGGCAAACGAUGGUGCGAGAUUGUUAGAAAAUGUCAGCGAAGUGGGGUCUGUUUUAGGUUCCCCAAAAACUGACGUCGAUUCUGAUCUUACAAGCGAACAACAAUUAGAUAAAGCAGAACUCGAAGGACAUAAGAUGGAACAAGAUUGGGUAGAUGGUGUGAGCACGCAAGUCGAAACUGAAACAGAUAUUGUAACUCCUUUACCGGAUAUAAAUAAUCUUAAACAGAACCAAGAUGGGACUGGAUAUGCUAUACAAAGAUCGGCAAGUGAAUCUAGUGUUUCUAGUGUAGCUAGUAGUGGCGGAAACCAAUCUGGACCACAUUCCACACAGGUGAACAACAGGCCGCAACAAGAAGUGAAAACGCAACAAGAUGCUAAGAUGAACACCAGUACGGAUAGUGGAUUUUCAUCAUCAUUAAGUGGCGCUUCGCAUCAAAACCAGCUACCAGGCAAAAAUCAAAAAUUAAACGCUUCUGAAUCUGUCCCGGUUCUACCACCUACUAGCAAUAGUCAGUUGCAACAACAACAACCUGUCGCUGCUUCGACGAAGGAAAAUCGUCCCAAAAUGCUCGAUCCAGAAGAUCUAGACAAGCAAUUAACGGCAAUCCUAGCUCAUCCAGAGACCUCAAAACACAUGAUUCAAAAUACGUUCAGUCCUAGUAAACUCACCAUCAAUCAAGCUGGAAACAAUGACCAAAAUGUGCAAAAUGGAGACAAGUCCGCGACCACGACACCGAUGGGACAAGGCAUCGAUAAAAUGGUUCCUGUUGCCCUACCGUCUGGUGAAUCAGUCAUGAUAAGUCUGGGAUCUCUCACUUUAGCGAUAAAAGAUAACGAAGCCAGGGAACGGGUUAGUGAUUUUGGAACCAACCAACAGCAAGAUUUAAACUUGGACACUCAAUCUGCAACUGUGAAGCAGGACAAUGUACAACAGAAAGUUCUGUCUCCUUCUGAAGACGGUGUGCUCGUCAAGAACAGAUUUUUGGUAUCUAAAGUCGAAGAUGUAAAUUUGGCUACAAAUACUCCAGAUACAGAAGAAAACAAACCACAAGAAAAAGAUGAAGGUCAUGCUAUUCACACUAAACCAUCAAGCGAUAAAACUUCUGUUGGGUCAUCUGUAGGAAGCCAAACUCAACCAGCAGAAAAAAACGGUGAGGAAAAUUACGCAGAAGGGGAAGUACUGCAAGGCGAUCAUGCAUCUUACCAAGAUACUGCGGGCAGCGACAAAAGUAGUAUAAGUUCAGCUGCCGGUAUGGCUAUAGCACAAGGCAUGCAAAGAAAAGUGUCUCUGCCUUUGGCACCUGUUGCGACCAAUACGUCGCAAGAUUACUAUGUGAACGUGUCGGCUGCUAAUUCACAAUCCUUCCCGGAGUCAAUAAAAUCGCCUAUACAAACGAUUGGUCGAUUUCAAGUAAUCCCUCGGGAAGAGGUUCAAACUGAAACUGAAGUCUCGCAACCUGUUGAUGCUAAGGAUAAACAAUUAACACCAGCGAAGACGAAAUUAAAUGACGGCAACUCGCAAAAAUAUGUUCCACGAGAACAAGAUCGGUUCGCUGUGCCGACCAACGUCCAAGAUUUGGGUCAGUCAAUACAAGUGAGCACGCAGGAUACCAUAAAUACGCAAAUGUAUAAUCCAGAUCAUCAAGUUCUCUUACGGCAUCUAUCGAAUGAGGGCGUCAGUACAUACAACGGAUAUGCUUUCGAUGUGUCGGCAUCUCAAUCUGCUGAUAUGAUGCAAGCGUACCAGAGCAGUAUUCCGUUAGCAACAGCUCAAGGACAACCUCCACAUUUGAUUCCGAUGCACACCUCUGGCCCAUAUCCAUAUCCGACACCAUAUGCUGCCAACUUCUAUCAUUCCAAUCAGAGGCCUACGACACUUCAAGGUAUCACUCCUGUACGCAAUGGUGCUGAAGUACAGCCGACAAAUGAUGAAGAAUACACUGACGACAAAAAACAAUAUCGACAACAACAAACAUCUGUAUCGUUACAAAGAUCAGCUCGAUCUCGUACUAGUAGCUCUAACAGUGACUGGAGCAAUUCAUCACAGAUUGUGAGUGGACAGCAAGAUGAUCGCAGAACACCAAGCUCAAGUAGUACAUGUUCAAAUGCAACUGCAGAAGAAUACAAUGAAACAGCAAAUAUAGAACAAAGGCCUCUUCCAACUACUGCUGCUUUACCAAUGAAUGUAACGUUAUCAAAUCAUGUUGUGCCGACUGCUUUACUGCAUGGAUCAAUGCAGCCUAUGUAUCAUGACACUCAUAUGGCACUUGGCAGAGAUCUUCCAGUUAUGUGGUCUCAACCUGGAAAUCUACCGAUAGCUGCAAACUAUCCAAUUCCGUUUCCACAAUCCACUGUUCCCGUCCCUCACCCAAGCAUUUCUAGGAUUCAGCGACGAGACGUCACAGGAGAGCAAAAUCACAUUCGACCAUCAUAUUCGCCUGGUAUCGCAACUCCGAACUUGGGUUCGCCCACUCCAUCUCAAUAUGGCGAAGAAAAAAGUGAAGAUGAUUCUGAUGAAUUAUCUGAAGAUGUCGAUUUCAAAGAUUUAAUAAAGAGGCAUCAGCGAGAAAUGGAAGAAUUGAUCAAAAAACAUCGCCAACAGUUGGAUAAAUUACGUCGCAAUAAGCGUAAACAAAAACCGAAAGGAAAACAGUCAUCGAGUAAAUCUUCAAACAUGAAUUCUCAGCAACUGUCUCGCAGCGAUUCAAAGAAAUUAAAAUCUGGCGUGAAGCACAGCACGAGUGUUCCAACAGUUGCUCAACCAUCACAGUUCGAGCUGCCUAAUAAACCAGACCUGAAAGCUAGUCAGAAAGUGAAUAAGCCAGUCCCAGUCUCGAAACCUGCCACUGUACAACAACCAGAUAAACCAGUGUACUCCGACAGUGAGAAUCUUCGAGCACUUGCAGCAAUACAGGGCCAGAACAUUGAUAGUUCAGUGAGAAGUAAGAUUGUACCAUCCCCACGUCCAUUCGAUUUUAACUUAUCUCGGAGAGGUAGCAAUGAUAUUCCGUCUCCUGAUACGCCCCACUGUUCCCGCCCAAUUUCUGUCUAUCAUUCUCGAUCCUUUAGCCAUGGACUCAUUCGUCGAAUUAACUUUAUUCCAGCCACCCCGAACGAAAUGGUCCCCAGUCCUCUUGGAUUCGAAUUAACUAAAAACAUUGUCACGCACAUGGAGCCACGUUUGCUGUCCCCAAAAACUGUUGGCCGGCCUGCUAGAACCCAGCGUAAAAAAACUGUCGAGGAACCUUUAAGGCCAAACCCUGAACCAUCAACUGGCAUUUCAAUGUCACGUACGGAAAAAUUACUAAAAGAAAGAGAGCAGAACAGAUCACCCUGGACGCAAGGCAGUCGUCUAACAGCACCAACAUUCAAAACAGGAAAUUUACCGAGCCCUCAGAUGGGACGACGCAACAGCCCCAAAAAGCUACGCAGACAUCACACUGUCACUGGGUGGGAAGGUAUGCUAAGUCAUUCAAUGCCAUCACCCACUUGGAAUCAAGCGUCUGCCAACACAAAAAGAUUAUUUUUUCGAAAGUCAGACAGUGAUAAUGGUCCGGGAAUGAAUGGAGAUGUUCAUCCUCUAUCACACUUGCAAAGUUUUCCUUCAUCUCAUCCCCAUGCAUAUCAAAUGUCUCGCGUACCUUUAGCUCAUAUGGAAUCCACUGAAGUUUGGCAGACACCUGAUACAGAUAAUCCUCACAUGACAGGCCAAGGAACUGGCGCCAUGUUUAUGAAAAGCCAGGAGGUCGGCGAUCAGCAGCAAAAUCAAAAGCGUUCGUCGGGGCCAAUUGAAAAAAUUCCUGAAGGGUAUUUCCCCACCACAGAAAUGGGGCCUCCUGUAAGGACAGAUAAAAUGAAAACGCAGAUGAAUGUUGAGGAAAGUAAUUCUGUGAAAAUGAAAGACUUCAGGCAACCUCCUGGCGCUGAAUCUCUCCCAGGAAAGCCAGAAUUAGCAUCCAACGAUAUUACCCCUCAUCAUGGUCGUCACCAGUCUAUUGCCAGCAUUCCAGCCGAUCAACGUGCUUCCCUUAUGAUGCCUUAUCAAUAUUACACCUACCACGGCGAGGCCCCAUACAAUUCCAUGCAAAUUCCAGCGCAAUGGGCACCGCAAUUUUAUCGAUAUCCCCCAAGCGCAUUCAUGCAGCCUCUCCGACCAAGUGAUUUAUCAAAAGACUAUUUUAAUAUGCCUGGUGGUGAUCAGUCAGUUCAGCCAGAAUCCUAUAAUGUAUCUAAUAAUGUAGGGCCUGCUGUCCACCCCCAUGUUCAACCUUUUCCACCUGGAAUGAAUCCAAAUUCCAUUCCAGGUUUUAUAAGGCCGGUGGUUACUCCUGUACAGCAGGCUGCCCCAUAUCAUCCGCAUAUGCAACAGUUUAUAAUGCGACCAGUUGCCCAUACGCAGGAUAUGCAAGGAAGUUAUUCUGCGUAUCCAACAGAAAGAACAAAUCCAGAAACGCAAGACGAUUGGGAAACAAUGAGCACUUCGUCCGAGUUAUCAGUUACUAACAGGUUACCGCCAGCGUAACAUUGGUUACAUUCUCUGUCAUACAGAUGAUUCUUUCUACUUUUGUGAUGUAAAUGUCUCUGAAUACCAAGAUUUAUCGCCUUUUCUUAUAUGCUGCUGACAUUGUCGAGUGUUUAAUAGUAUUUAUUGAAUUUUAUGAGCGUCGAUAUAUGCCGUGAAUUUUUGAUAUUUUGCAAUUAAUUUUGCUGCUUAUGUGACUGAUUCUUCUUCUUUUACUUCGGGCGUUGGUAUAUUGUCUUCUAAAUCGAAAGACAUUGAGUAAUUUUCUGUUGUUGCAGAUUGCUUGCCUAUUUAUGAGUUUUCUUUGGUAGCUUCACGUAGAUGUAUUAAUUUCAGGUUUUUGCUGAAGUUUAAAUCAGACUGAUAGCUGAUUAGAUGAACCAACGUGAAUCACAGUUUUCAAAUUCAAAUCAAGCCUCUGAAUGGCUACUUCAAGAUCUUUUAAAAUGAAUUUAUGCUAUUAUCAAUGCAACUUUAUAAUAAUGUCUCUUUUCAAUCUGAAAUAAGAACAAUUCAGGUUAUACCAAUCAAAUUUGUCGAUUUUAUUUUUAUCUGGCUUAGAAUAAACUGAAUAUUCUGUUGAGUUGUUUUUCUCCUAAAAUCCACUCUGAUUUGUACCAGUAUUUUUACUACAGUUUGUCUUUAUAAAAGUACUUCAAGUACCGAAGGUUAAUUUUUGUAAAGUUAGAAAUGUAACGGAAAACACCCUUUCACAUUGAACGAGCCAUUUUUGAAUGACAAGUUAAAUGAAUAUUAAUAAUGAAUUAUAUGAAAUACUGGAUAUAAACAUUGAUUCCCUUUACCACCACGAGCUUUAGGUUAAGUUAGUCACUACUUUUGCAGCAAGAAUUUUUUCAUCACUUCUGAUUGCUGAAAACCCAGAUGCCAUUUCUGACUAACAGUUCAAUUACUAUGAAAUGGUAGUUGAUUUAAUGUUUUUAGUGAGAUGCGUUUAAGCAAUGAAGAUUCUCAUACUUCGCGCAUAGAGCCAUUACUUGGUUUCGCGUGUGUUGUGUACUCAUUUACCCCAAACAGUGUUUUCAUUUUCUCUCAUGCUGAUAUAUUUAAUUAAUUAAAGAUGACUAACUGAAAUAAUCUUAAUUUUCUGUUGUCUGAUUACACCUUCAUAUUGUUAUAUGUUCCUGUUCUAAAUUUUUUUUUCGUCUUUAUCGUUUUGUCUUAAUUUUUUUUUUAUUGAGGUUGUUUCAGCACAUAUUUGCAUGAGAGUUUUAAUUCACGAAAUGAAAGAAAUUUGGAACAAUAAUUAUGCUUUUCUAGUCAAGAUAUUAUGUAGUGUACAAAAUCUGUCGAUUUAAUUGCAUUCGAGCAACUAAAAUUAUUAUUUCCAAAUAAUAUGGCACAUGAUUUUGAUUGUUACAUUUCCUUUAUUUUUGAUGAACCUACGGAGAGUUGUAUACUGUAGAGGAAAGGUCAGGGAUGUCCAAAACGAAUUGAUUAUUUGAAUACAUCAGAAAAUUUUGAUUCGGAAAAUUGAUGAUUUUGAGCAGUCGAACAAGCAGAUUAAAACAUACAAUAUCUCAAUUGAUAACAAACAACACAGGGAAAAUAAUGACCUUUAUGUUUGUGUCGUUUUCGAAGUGAUCAACAUGAAGUAGUAAUUCUAUAGUAAUUUAUGUAAUUUUUCACAUGAAUUGGCCCCCAAUUUCGAAUGUAUUCAAUAUUGCAUAUUCAAAAUUAUUUUCUCAGGAUGGAUUUGGAAUAGUGAAAUAUUCGUUUUUGACUAUCCCUGGAAAAGAUCUCAAUUAAGGUUUUUAAACUUAAAAUGACACCUUGGUAAUAUAUUUUUCGUGGUGUAAUUUGGAAGUUUGAAAUUAGGGACUUUAAAAAGAGUUUGACUAAUCAUAUUUCAAAAAACAUAACCAUAUGCUAUAUUAUUUGGGAAAAAAUCGCAGAUGGGAAACACUCCAUCUUGUUUCCUUAUAGUCUGAAAGUGCUGAUUGAUAGUUGCAAAAUUUAGUAGUCGAACAUAAUUCAUUCAGGAUUGGUGUUCCACUACUGAUUAGUUCGGAUACUGAAAAUUGUUUUGGUCAACAGUGAAAGAUCAUUUUGUCAGUAACUAUAACUAAACAUGUGAUAUGUAUAUAUAAUAUAUAUAUAUUUAUUAUUCUAUGGAAAUAUUUCUGCAUUUAAAACUUGUUUUUUUUUGUCUGAAAUUUAACAUUUCGCUCCUGGAAAAAGUCACUUCUAUCAUGAGACUCUGUUAGGAAGACACAUUGUGAUUCCUUUUUAAUGGUUGAGCGUGGUGUUGCAUUAAGAAACUUAUUAAAAAAAAUCCAAAAACAUUUUUGGGGGGGUGGACUAUUGGAAAAAUCGCAACACUGUUUUUUCUGUAAAAUUUACCAUUUUUGCUGAGAAACAAAAUUAUGCCAAAGAAAGAAUAUAAACUUACCCAAUUUGUCCCUUUCCGUUUUAUAUCCAUGCUAAUUUUUUGUUUUCAAAAUUGGUCUUCUGCUAUUUUCAAGCAAAUUCAACAACUGAAAGAUUGAUUGGUCUUGAAUGUGAUUAUGCAUUCAGAAGUAUUAUGCGAUUGGACAUUCGCUCAUUAUAUCUUGACGGUUACUCAAUAAUGAAAUUUCCAUAUUUAUCUAAUUGAAAAUAUUCUUCUCGGAAUAUGAUAUAAUGUUCGACGUAUCCUGUAUUCUUUCGAUGCGCUGUAUCAUAAUUAUCCAACUGUUCUACUGGAUUAAAAAAGAUUCGCAAUGUUACUGAUGAAAUUUUCCAAGUGAUCUGCAUCACCACAGAUGGAUUGUCUGCGAUAUUGCUAGGCACAGUUCUUUGUGAUUUUCUUUUCAAUAAGAGUUUCAACUUUUCCGCCUCAAAUAAAAGCGCUUUUUCUCAAAAU